CGAUAUCUUGGUAAAUAUUUCCAGGGUUUUUCGAUGAUGCUCGUCGAGGAGCGCCACUGGGAAUCCGCGCGGCGCGGCGCGGCGAGCUGGAUGCGCCGGAUCGAGCGCCAGCGAUUGAUUCCCGUGGAAUGCAGGUCCCGGGAGCUCGAUCGGCUAAUGCUGCCGGCAACCCUAGGAGAGGGCGGUGAUUUCAAAUGCGCUUCGCUCAAUCAUUCCACUCGAGAAUCCUCCCGGCGAUGAGCGGACACGAUCGCAGAUCCGGCGCCCAGGGUUGUGCGCAGUCCUUGGCGAUGGCGCAUCGUCGUAGCUUCCGGGACGCUAUCGAAAUUCUCAAUGGUCUAAUCACCAAGAAGCGUGGAGGAGGGGGAGCAGUGGUGGAUUUGGAUCGUUCGCCAAGCACCCACGAUAGCAGCCGAUGGGAGAACCAUUUCCAGCUCGUUGCUGACCAUCUAAAGCUGCUCGGGUUGGAGGAGCCAGUAUCGAAAUUAAGCGUAAUUCAUGUGGCUGGAACCAAGGGAAAGGGUUCUACUUGUGCAUUUGUGGAGAGAAUUUUGCGAGCUUCUGGUUUCCGGACUGCUCUUUUCACCUCGCCUCAUUUGCUAGACAUUAGAGAACGAUUUAGAUUGAACGGGGAGGAGGUCUCCGAGGAGACUUUUAACCAGUAUUUUUGGUGGUGUUGGGAUCAUCUCCAGGCAAAUGAGGCCGAGCAGGGGCUCCCUAUGCCACGUCUCUUUCGGUUCCUCACAAUUUUGGCAUUCAAGAUGUUUACGUCGGAGGAUGUUGACGUUGCUAUCUUGGAAGUCGGUUUAGGAGGUCGCUGUGAUGCAACCAAUGUGGUUCGAAAUCCAGCCAUCUGUGGAGUAGCAUCACUCGGCUACGACCAUAUGGAGAUUCUUGGAAACACACUCGCGGAAAUUGCAACGGAGAAGGCUGGGAUUUUCAAGGCAGGCGUACCAGCUGUUACAGUGCCACAGCCAGCUGAAGCAUUGGAGGCUCUGAAGAAGCGUGCUUUGGAGCUAAAUAUACCUUUAGAAACUGCUGCUCCUCUGGAAACUUAUAAUCUGGGAGACUUAAAGCUUGGACUGCAAGGAGAGCAUCAACGGACCAACGCUGCACUUGCCGUGGCGCUUUGCAGAGGCUGGGCGGAGAGAACCGAUCACCAAGAGCAUAAAGCAAUCCUGAACGAGGCUCUUGAGCAAGGUCGUUUACCUGAUUCAUACAUUAAGGGGCUCGUUGAAGUGCGGUGGGCAGGAAGAGCAGAGAUUGUCCGUGAGAAGAAGCUAAGCUUCUACCUGGACGGGGCUCAUAGCCCAGAAAGUAUGGAAGCCUGUGCUAAGUGGUUUUCUUCCGCUGCUAGAGCCGACAACAUCCACAAAGAGAAUGAAGAAAUAUCGGCAUUCGAUAUUAAGCAGUUUAACACACCAACUUCGAACUCUAGACAGAUCUUACUCUUCAAUUGCAUGCCCAAGCGCGAUCCCAACCUUCUAUUCCCACCCUUGCUAGAUAUCUGCAAACAACAAGAUAUUUCACUCGAGCUGGCGAUAUUCGUACCCCCGUACUCGAGCUACACGUCAAUUGACAACACUCACGAUUCUCCCGUUGAUCCAGAUCUCUCGUGGCAAAAGGUGUUACAGCAGCACUGGGAGUCCUUCAAGGAGAAAGAUUCGAAAGCCGGAGACUAUCGUCGAGAGUUUCUUUCCGGCCUGGAAAACGGCUAUAGCUCAUGCCAUUUUGGAGUUUCCAGUGCAGUGAUGCCAUCGCUACCAGCAGCCAUUGAUUGGCUGCGCUUUUGCUCCGCUCGCCAUCCAAAUCUUCAUCUCCAGGUUUUGGUCACUGGUUCUUUGUAUUUGGUUGGCGAUGUUUUGCGGCUGCUCAAGUAAACGCUUGGUGCCUGAAAGAUUCCACGUUUGAUGGCCAAUCUCACCCGUUGGAUCACACUCUUCCCAUAUGUUGAUAACCCUGGAGGAUUUGGUAGCAUACAACUUCAACUGGAACCUGCAGAGGUUCUCGGUCCGCGAGGAUGAUGUGUUCUGAAUUCCAUUCUCUCAUCACACUAAUCUUUUUAUAAGAAAGUCUGUCAAGCUGUUCUCACUU